GAAUUAAUUCCGACAAAACCAAACAAUUCUCUAACGGAAUGCAACUAACUCGUCUAUGUCAGCCGCAAUGGAACCGAGAAAGAGCCGUUGACGUUGGUUGUGGGUCUGGACAAAGUACAUUUGUUUUACAACCCCAUUUCAAGGAAAUCAUUGGGAUCGACGUCAGUUCCACUCAAAUUGAAGAGGCCAAGAAGCUCUUGAACCAUGAUUCCACUAUAACAUUCAAGGUUGGACCAGGGGAGUCUCUGCCUUUUCUGGAUCGGUCCUGUGAUUUGGUGACUUGUUGCCAAACCAUUCAUUGGCUGGACAUUCCCAAGUUCUAUUCGGAAGUUGAUCGAAUUUUGAAGCCUGGUGGAAUUUUAGCUGUCUUCGGGUACCAUUUCACUGGACCGAGUCCGAAUGUUCCAAAUCAUAAAGAAAUCGAGAAAUUGAGAAAAGAGUUGUAUGAAAUCACUCAACCCUUUUGGGACUCUAAGCGAGCCUUAGUUGACCAAGGAUAUACGACCAUCCCUCAGAUUCCUUAUUCCAACUCUUUCAGGGAUGAGUCCCACUACACGGAUGUGGAAGGCACCCUGGACGACUUCAUUGGUUAUAUCACAACGUGGUCGGGAUUUAGAGCGUUCCAAAAUGUCCAGGGCAACCUCGAGGCCGGCCAGUUGCUUCAAACAUUUCGCGACAAGUGCCUGGACUUGCUGUUAAAGUCUGCGGAUUCUGAGGUCGAGGUCCACCGCGAGGAUCUAUUAUUGUCAACACCCAAGGUGGCUCUGCGCACGAAUUAUUUCCUGCUUGUUGGACAAAAGCCCGACCAUCCAGAGAAAUAG